GGGAGGGAGGGAGGGGAGGGGGGCGGUUCCGGUGUCCACGACCUAUUUAACCAUGAUGCUCCUGCUGCACGUGAAGCCCCCGUGAAGCCGCCGUGAAGCCCGUGCAGCAGGAGCAGCUAGCAAGGAGAUCCGAGCCGCUGACCUUGUGACACGAAGGCCGCCGGAGGAGACCAUGGUUGGAUGACAGCCUCCUCCAUCAUCGACGAUCAUGGUUUUUCUGGAAGCCGUCUAAACAUCGAGGAGGUCGGCCGAGGUUUUUGGAGGCUUGCCGCUUGCCAAGGAAUGUCUUCCACCAUCGAGAGGAAGACGCUGGAAGCUAAUGAGGAGCCAGUGGACGAGGUCCUGCAGAUGCCUCCAUCUUUGUUGACGUGCGGCGGCUGCCAGCAGAGCAUCGGCGACCGCUUCUUCCUCAAGGCCAUCGAGCAGUACUGGCAUGAGGACUGCCUCAGCUGUGACCUGUGUGGCUGUCGCCUCGGGGAGGUCGGCCGCCGGCUGUACUACAAACUGGGGAGGAAAUUAUGCCGCAGGGAUUACCUCAGGCUUUUCGGCCAGGAUGGUCUCUGCGCUUCCUGUGAGAAGAGGAUAAGAGCGUUUGAAAUGACCAUGCGUGUCAGGGACAAGGUCUACCACCUGGAAUGCUUCAAGUGCGCCGCCUGCCAGAAGCACUUCUGCGUCGGUGACCGAUACUUGCUCAUCAACUCGGACAUUGUUUGCGAGCAGGACAUCUUUGAGUGGACCAAACUCAACAACAACAGCGUGGCGUAGGAACUCACGAGUGUGCAGAACGUCCAGACUCUAAUUCCCAUGGAAACAUUUCAACAUAAAUGAUCCAAAAGUGCGCUGGCCACCACCAGGGGGCCCCUCUAAGUGGUAAAUCAAUAUGAAAAAAAACAGUUUUUACUGGCAUUUACCAUUUUAAUAUCCCUUUUCUACCAAAGCCAUUCUCAAUACUAGCUGUUGAAGAGCUACUUGGAUAUGGUCCGUAUCGUAAUCUACAAAAUAUAAUAACAAAAUGACAGUAUGGGGUAGUAGGUGUGGGGCCGAACCCGAAUGCUACCAGAUGCUAACAGUAAUAGUUUAAAACACGCACACUUCAAUUCAAAAUGAUUGACAGUAGCUCUUUCUGUCAAACAAAUUAAAAAGUAUACGUAAAAUCGAACUGUUGUGGCUGUAAGAUAAAACGCAACUUUGUUAAGUUAGACUAUAGGGGUGUUAUUUCAUGUCUACAGGGCUCUAAUUGUCACGGUUGCGCAUGUUUGUGGCCAUUGCUUCAGCAAAGUAGUCAUUUUAAUAUUUAUUAUUAUUAGAUAUUACUAGGCAGAGGGCGGAGUAUGCAGUACACAUUCACAGGUUAGCAUUCCCCAUGCAGUACUUAACCAAGGCAGAGGCAUAAGACCACUACUUCUAAAAGAUAAUAUUGGCUGCAUAUUAUUUUUUAGAUCUUGUAAAUAGGGACAAUGUCCAAGUAGCUCUGAUACACCAAUACUAAAGUAGUAAAAACGGAGUUUCAGGUGCUCCCUGGUGGUGGCUAAUGCUGUGGUUAGCCACUUAUGUACCUGAUAAGUACUCUUUUGGACCAAUGUUUGCAUAAAAUAACUUUGUUUUUGAAGUGUAUGCUUUUUUUUUAUUAUGAUAAGAAAAGCAACCAUAUGUUUAUAUCGUAAAUUAACUAUAAGUGAAGAUUUCUCAGUUGACUUUUCAGUUUGUUCAAUCGACUGCAAUUUGAACAAACACCGAUUCAAUGUUUUUGAAGUUUUGUGCUUUUGUGUGAUGGUGGCAUGCAUUCAUUGCAUUGCAGGGGUUUCCAUCUUUGUCCACCGAGGCCCAAAUACUGAAAAAACAAAGGAUGCGAUGGUCAUUUGAUAUUUCGUAAAGCAACACUCAUAAUAAACAUGCUAAGAAGUUAAAUAUAUAUUUCAAGAACUGCAUUUCGGUUUUGUGAUAACAAUGGAAUGCUACUAAAAAUGACUAUUUUUUUCCUCAUAAACACAAAGUUUAUUCUAAUAAAAUUGUGACUUUUUUCUCAUUGAA